GCCGCGCAUGUGAACAACUUAACUCACCGGCCGGAGCUUUUGGAGGUGGCGCCGCAGCGGCCCAAUUCAUCAGCCUUGCUCCUCUUCGAUCGUCUCCACGCUCCUCCCCUAGCUUCCUAAAGAAUCACCAAAGAAUCUGAAAAGUCUCCUCUCAUGCGUGCAUGUAUGGUUGCAACUUUCACCUGCCUUUCUUCCUUCCCUCCUCGUUCGCUGCUUGCAAACCAUCCUGCAAAACAAAAACAUGAUGGUGAUCGAAUUAGCUAGCUAGUGACAACCGGUGAGUCGUAGCCGAUCCAUCAGUUCUUCAGACUGGCAAGCUUGUCCAUCAUGCAUGCACAAAUACUAUACUGACGCGCAGGUACACGUACGGCGUCUGAUCGAGCCUCCAUCCAUGGAUGUGUCAGUCCGUCGUGAUUGAGUUCAUCGGAGCAGCCAAGCUAGUCGGUGUGUGUGAUACCGACAUCUGAUCAUGGACAAGGAGCAGGAGAGUCACAGUCACCUGGAUAGCUUUGCACCCUUGGACGGCGCGCCGGAGGAGCCCGGCGCUGGCGCCGAGAUGGUUGACUACAUGCUUGGCCAGGCGCCGCCGCCUACCGGGCCGCAGAGCCAGGUGUCCUUCGACAAGCUCAGCUUCUCCGACCGCGACGACGUUUACGACGGCGACGACGACGACAGCUACUUCUUUAGGUUCCAGUCCCUGCCGUCCCUCCCCGCCGCUCCUCUCCGCGGCGUUGGCCAGCGUCACGCGGAGCAGGAGGGCAGCAAGACGGCCGACGGCGGCGUCUCCGAGAUCACGACGCUGGCGCAGCAGCCUGACGGCGGCGGCCGAGCGGAGAAGAGCGGGGACCAGGGGAAGAGCGGGCGGCGGAAGCGACCACGGACGGUCAAGACGAUCGAGGAGGUGGAGAGCCAGCGGAUGACGCACAUCGCCGUGGAGCGCAACCGGCGGCGGCAGAUGAACGAGUAUCUCAGGAUCCUCACGUCACUCAUGCCAGGAUCCUACGUCCAGAGGGGAGAACAAGCAUCCAUCAUAGGAGGCGCCAUCGAGUUCAUCAGGGAGCUAGAGCAGCUGAUCCAGUGCCUAGAGUCGCAGAAGCGGCGACGCUUGUACGGCGGGUCCGGCGACACGCCACGCCCUGUGGUAGACGCGGCCGGCGUGCCAACGUCCACUCAGCAGCAGACACCGCCGCCGUUGUACCCCCCAAGCCUCCCGUUCCCUGCAGCUGCCGGCGGCGACGGCGCCGCCAAAGUCCUGGACCUCGAUGCGGGAGGCGCCGGCGCCGGGCUUCCGGAGGAGGUGGCUGAGAACAAGUCGUGCCUGGCGGACAUCGAGGUGAGGGCUGUGGGUGCGGACGCCAUGAUCAAGAUCCUGUCCCGGCGCCGGCCCGGGCAACUAAUCAAGACCAUCGCCGCGCUCGAGGACAUGCAGAUGUCCAUCCUGCACACCAACAUCACCACCAUUGAGCAGACCGUUCUCUACUCCUUCAACGUCAAGAUCGCCGGAGUGGCAAGAUUCUCGGCCAAGGACAUCGCCGGAGCCGUCCACCAGAUCCUCAGUUUCAUCGACGUCAACUACACCCUGUGAUCCGAGCCAAGAAAGGGGUUCCGGUUAAUGGCGACUUGUUUACUACUACUUAAGAUGCUAUUUUCCCACGUUCUAUAUGUGCGCAAUUCUACUAUAUAUAUAUUAAACCGUGUUUUGAUCGUUUCUACGAUGUAUGUAAAAGUGAUUGGAGGGACAAGUAAAACAUUAUUAGUCCUAGUACUAGUAUUAUAUUCAGCGGCAAUAUGUAUUACUGAAGCGUGAGGCAAUUACUAGCUGAUUAUAUUAAACAAGACGAUGAUUUCUUUUCCCUAAUCGGGACUUU